UGUGUUCGGAACGGUUCACGAACACAAAUAAAUUUGUCGAACGCGACGAAGGAUAAAGGUAGAUGGCCCAGAGAGUAGCACUGGAACUUGAAUCCUUUAUUGUGAAACGGAGGUUGAUCGUAUUCGCCGAUGUAAAUAAUGAGGAAGGAAAGGAAAAUGGUGCAUAAACAAGGAUAUUGUGGCAGGCAUUUGAGUUUAGCUAAGUUGUGUUGUGAGAAACUUUUAUGCAUCUCGAUGCCUAAACCGUCCGCAUCAUCUCAGCUUAACAAUUCUGCGCGUCCAGAAGAAAAUGCACUCAUUGACCAAGAAGUUGAGCGCCAGAGUGCUGCAAUCAGGACGAUUCGUGAUGUGGAAACCGAAAGAUUACUUACUGCUAUACGCUUGCUGGAAUCCGUUACAAGCAAGGAACAACUACAGAGUACAGAUCCCGUUACUUAAAUUUUUCGACGAAAAUCUUCCAAACCUAACGGUUUCAAGAACCGAUAAAAAUGGAGUGAUAGAAGUUAAAUGGAACGAUAAGGAUGGUGACGUAUACAUGAACACAGCUGAUGGAGGAAACAUGAUCUCUUAUUUUUUACAACAUAUGUCCACAACUAAAUCUGACUUUGACUUUGACUUUUUAAGUAAAGCUGGGAAAACAAGCUUCAUUAGGGCUGAUGAUCUUCAGAUGAAGGAUUUUGUUCUACCGAAACCAUCUGGCACUCACAGUCUUGGCAUCAGAGAUUUUAUGCAAACUCCCGGGGCGAGUAGUGGGAGAUCGUCUGUCGGUAUGACACCUAAAACUUUAAGGAUUCCGAAACAGGGAGAGAUGCUUAUGUCUGUUCAUGGUUCACCGGUUGGUGUUUACAAGGAAAACAACAUGGAUGCAAUACACGAGACAGAGGAAGAAUGAGCUGUUACCUGCAGAUUACUGUAUUCCAUGAAGUUGUAAUGCCUAAUCUAGUUAUGUAAAUUGGAUAAGCUAUUAGAGAUUAAGACAUCUAUUUAUAGAUGGUUAUAUAUGUUUGUGUUUUUUUAA